GAGAGGAGAGCACAGACACAUCCCUGCUAGAGGAAAGGAGAGCACAGACACAUCCUUGCUUGAGGAGAGGAGAGCACAGACACAGCCCUGCUUCCAGCUGGGAUCUCUCUGCUGCCUGAGCUGUCCUUCUCGAAGCUGGGUGCUGCUCCGGGCAUCUUCACGGGUCUUGGAGCAGAGCAGGGAAGUGUCAGAGAGGGAUAUUUUUAGAUGCUCUUUGUGCUCAGAGAGCAAAAGCAGGCUGUGGUUUAAUGGCCUUUAGCUGCUGGGCAUGUUUGGAAAGCUGGAGCAGGGCUGAGGAUCCAGGGCCACGUUUGACACCAUGGGAUGGAGCAGCUUUGCAGACGUGAGGACAAUUUUUGGGCUGAGCAUCGAAGUGAAGACCCUGAGAGGAGCCUGGAUCUGGGCAGCCCAGCCUGUUUAGCUGCCACGUGGACAGGCAGCAAGGCCAGGGCGGCUGAUCCCCCAAAAGGACGUGGUCCCAUUGCUUGUGGGGUGACAUUUGCUCCAAUGGCUGGGGAAGAGAAGCAGGAAAAGAGCGGACAAGAGAUCCGCAUGUCAGACCAUCACGAGCCCCACGAUGGGGAGACAGAUCCCCAGCACGGCAUUACUGUGGUCUUCCUCCUUGUCCUUGUCUUCUUCAUCAUGGGGCUGGUGGGGUUCCUGAUCUGCCAUGUCCUGAAGAAGAAGGGUUACCGGUGCCGCACCUUCCGGGACGAGCUUGACCCAGAUGACAAAGACGAGGUGGAGGAGCUCCAGGAUGAUGAGGCCGAGAAGAACGAUGACACCGUGGAGAAGAUUGUGAGAUGCAUCAUCCAAAACGAAGCAAAUGUGGAGGCCCUCAAGGAGAUGUUAGGGGAAAAUGAAGUGGACAUGCCAGUGCCAGUGCCCAGCCUUUGUCACCACAGCAGCAGCCAGGACGGGGGCCCACCACAUCACCACACAGUGCACCUGGGCUCCACGCAGGCCCCCUGCAUCCACUGCAGCAGGAGGAAGAGGCACCCUCUGCAGCGCCAGGGGCGGUCCAAGGAGGGCAAAAGCAGGAUGCACCCCGGAGAGACCACUGUCUUCUCAGUGGGCAGGUUCCGUGUCACACACAUCGGCAAGAAACCGUGCUUGCCGGAGCAGCAGGACGGGGCCCUGCCCGCGGGGAGCCGGCCGCCGAGCACGGAGGAGCUGGAGCGCAGCAGCGAGCUGCUCCAGCGGGAGCGGGCGCUCAACGGGACUGUCCCCACGGGCGGCCUGCAGAACGGAGCCAUCCACACGGGCACCCAGAGUGCCAGAAGCGCCGAGCAAAGCCUGUCCGCCAGCCCAGCCGCGAACACACCGGCCAGCUCCGGAACCCGUGACAGCCGGCGGGCGGGCACGGCGGGGUCCGGCCCGGCGGGGUCCGGCCCGGUGGAGCCCGGCACGGCGGGGUCCGGUCCGGCGGGGUCCCUGCCGGAUGCUGGCUCCGCUCCCGGGAGCUCGAGCCGGCAGCGCAGGCUGGCGAGCCUGCCGGUGCUGGCAGCGUCGAGCCCCAACAUCCCGGGAGAGCUGGCGAGGGAGGGAGCCGGCAUCUGCCUGGAGGAGAUCGGACUGGCGUCGGCAGAUGAAGUGUCGGAUAUUCACGGGAGCCUGAGUCUGCAGGAACAGGCCGAGGAGCUGGGGAGAGACGAGAGCAGCAGGAAACAGUCCGGAGGAGAGGAUGGGAAGCAGCAGGAGCCCAGCGCCGCGGAGCAGGACCGUGUGUGACCUCCUCUCCGCUCCCGGCAGGAGCAUGCACGGGAGGCGCGCAGCCCCGGGCCCCUCGGGGCUGGGGGCUCUGCCGUGGGGCAGCCGCGGGGCAGCCGUGCCCGGCCCUGGGUGGGCAGCUACGCGCUUGGCAUGGCCGGAGCGACGCGCCGGCGACACCGACAACCGCGCUCGGCGCCAGCCUUCAUCCCAUUGGCAAUAGGUACUCGAGUCCCACCCACCGCACCUUCCCCGGAGACCCCCCCGAGGGACCCUCGGGCCUGGCAGGGGCAGGACAGCACCCAGAGCCCGCUGGCCCCGCGGCCCCCCAGCUCGGGGGAAGGAUCAGAGGGGGCCGCGGCGAGGGGCAGGGAUGGAGGCAGCGGCUUGAGCCCCCCCCCGGGGCGGUGGGGAGCACCCCCCGCCCACCGGGCACGUUCACCACAGAGCACAGCCCCCCCCGGGCACCCCUGCCACGCAGAGCGGGCACAGGCACAAACCCUGCACCGGCAGGUCCCUGGGAGAUGCUGGCGGAGAGAGGAGCUCCCGGCCCCAUCCCGGCACAGGCGGGGCCGGAGCCCGGUCCCGGGCCAAGCCAGCGGGCAGCCCCGGGGCCGCGCCAGCUUCGGUGUGUAACGCCCUGUACAUAGACGAGCUACAACCAUUAAAGCUGCUGAACCCCUC